GGUAUUUAGUGCCCCCGAGAUACGAAACUACGGUAAAACGUAAACAUGAAAAUGAAAGGAACUUGGAAACGGUUUUGACGAGGACCCCUUUCAGUUUGCCUAAGGAAAGAUUGGAUUUAAUUUCAGUUGCAACGAUUUCUGCUUGACAGCUUGAUGCUUUUUUAGAGUAAUAAUUAUGGAGAAAACAGCAUAUACAAUAGAAAUGCAGCUUCAGAAAGUCAGACAGAAACUGAACGCCGAGAAAAUAAAGCUUUGGCUACCCCCAUAUACUACAGCAGAAAAUAACCAAGGGAAUAUACCGCAAACCUUAUGCGAGGAAUACUCAAAAGAUUUGCAGAUCCCUGCAUUUGAAAUCAGAGAAAUGCUUGAGCACUUGCGACAACAUGCUUUACAAAAACUUUCUGAAAGAGAGCAGUUUCAAAAGACAGGAAAAGCCACAUUGAAAAUCAAAGCUUCGGGCCAAAGAGAAAAUAAGGAAAAGAUAACAGUAACAGAGACAGUGGAGAUACAACUGACAUGUACAGGCCACAAUCUGAGACAGAUAUUGUCAGAGAGACUGGGCCUUCCAGAACAUCAUCUCAAGAUCAUCUGUCACGGUCAUGUGAUCAGCAUGAAUAAACAACUUCAGGAACAGAAUGUAAAGCAUGGGUCUCAGAUGAUGUGUCUGUGCCUGUCUGUAUCUGAAGCAGAAGCAGCACGGAAAGAAGAUGAGGUUCUACAAAUGAUGAACACUCGCCAGGCUGCAGAGCUUCUCUCCAACAAAGUGGGAAAAGAUGAUUAUGAUGUUAACAUUCAGAUAGCUGACCAGUCAGGGCGCCCUUUACAAUUGCCACCAGAGGAAAAAAAGGCUUUAACCCUAGCAAUGACAUUGCAUGAGAAAGGACGAGUGGCUCUAAAGAAAAAAGAAAUCACAAAAGCUUUAUUAUUGUUACUGGAGGCUGACAAGGAAUUCAGGAAGUGUGGAGCUAACAUUUUGAAUGCUGUAGAUAACUAUGCAGUUUUAUGUUUGGACAUUGUGUGGUGUUACCUGUGUUUACAGAAUGUAGAAGAACUGCCAGAUGCAGACCAACGACUGAGGUCCAGUGAGGAAUGCUUUAUAAGAAGUUAUGGAGCCAACUUAGAAAGAGUGGCUGCUGUCAAGGGGGAGUCAGGAACACAGUUAGCUUUGUACAUGAAACUACAUCUUCUACAAGGCAUCGUGGCCUUCCACCAUCACAGGAUAGCAGAGGCACACUCACUGCUUAGAAAGGCUGAAGAAGAACUGAACAGGCUUAAAGUUGAUGAAAACAAACUUUCACAGGUUAUGAUGAUGGGAUUUGAUGAACGAGAGGGCCGUCUUGGGUUAAGAGCCACUAAUGGAGAUGUCACCAAAGCAAUACAGCACAUUAUUGAAAAACGGAAGGAGAAAGAAGAGAUUGAGAAGAAGGUUAAAGAGGAGCGAAGAAUGAAGAAAAUUCAGAAAGAUUUGGGAGAAACAGCCUCAGGGAAAAGGGUAAAUGUAUCCCUGUAUGAAAACCUGGUUAGCAUGGGGUAUGGUAAAGGAGCUGCAGCAGCAGCACUCAGACAGACAGACAACGAUCUGAACCAGGCCUUAGAGGUUCUACAGUUACAUCCAGAGCUUUUACAUCUACCAGAUCCAGAAAAGAAAUCAAUCAGCAUCACAGACGACAUGAUUGCUCAGGUGGUGGCAAUGGGAUUUGACCCCGUUAUGGCCAGCAGAGCAUUACAGCUAUUCAGUGGAAACGUACAGAAAGCCCUAGAAGAAUUGAUACAGAAAGGUGGUCUGUUACCUUCAUCAUCAGAGGAGAGUUCCUCUAGCAGUUCAGGUAGUUCCCCAGAAUCUGAGGCUGGGCCGUCCCACAGGACUUCUGAGGAGGAGAGGAGGACCAUAGAGGACCUCGUGUCUGACCUCCCGAAGGACGAGGAGGAUUACCUGGACCUCACACUUCAGGAGGAGGCCCAGUACCUGGAGGAGUACCUAGCCAAAGUCAACAGUGUCAUGUCUAACUCAUAAAGCCCAGUACCUUGAGGAGUCCUAGCCAAAGUCAACAGUGUCAUGUCUAACUCAUAAAGCCCAGUAUCUCGAGGAGUACCUAGCCAAAGUCAAUAGUGUCAUGUCUAACACAUAAAGCCCAAACCUGAAGAAGCACCUAGCCAAUUAGUCACGUCUUACUAUAACUCUUAAGGAAUGUAUUCUGCUGAUUUAGCCUGGUUCCUUGGUCUUAGAUAUGAUUUGUAUACACUGCAAUACCAGGGCCAGAUGGACUACAUAAAUUAGGGUUUUUCUGUCCUGAAUCUAUUGCCCAUUGCGAUGCGGUAUUGAGCUGACCAUUUGUAGACGUUCAUUGUGACAUAUAUUCUAAGUCAUCAAUGUAAUCAGUUCUGACAAUAAUAUUCAUUUCCUUGGUUAAUGGCAAUAGCCAAAAAAUCCACAAUUUAACACAAAUUUUGGUGACCAAUCAGGAGACUGCUUCAAUUUUUAAUCUACCUGGCUCUCCUGUCUUGGCAAGGAUGAGCUAGGUAAGUGGGCUAUCUGCUGAUACAGCUGAGGUGACAGCCAUUUUACGGAACUCCUCUGGUUUUAUCCAUCAAAAUAUACAUUUUUCCCCACUAACCCUUUAUUAUCUAAAAUUUUGAAUCCUUGAUAUUAAUAAAAAAAAAAUAUAUGAAGAAAAGUUUAAUUUCAGAUCAAAACUUUUCAGAAAAGGAAAUUUUUCAUUUUUUAUGAAAAAUUCCAAGAAGGCAAGUUAUCUCAGCAGAAUACAUCCUUCAUGUCUAUUAUUGAAUGUGGUGUACAUGAUCUUUGGAGGGGUAACUUUGUUAUAAUUGUUCCAAGUAUAUUUAAAAUUCUAAACAGUGUUUUGUCUUUUGAUAUAAAGAAUAUGGAUCUCUACAAAAUUUGAGAUGCAGGUUCUUUUGUAUUUAGUAAAAAGUGCCUUGUGUAAUUUUAAAAAUUUUUGAUAUGAAAUUUAUGUAAAUUCAUAAAAUAUCUACCUCUUAUAUUCUGAUGUGAACUAUAUAUAGCUACAAACAUAUUUUUGAAGAACACUUCAUCCAUUCUUGCUUUCAGUAACCUUAUAUACAGCUCAAUUUGGUUCUUUUUGACAUUAUGAUUACAAUGAAUUUUGGUGUGACAGCUUUUGCAUUUUGGAGUAUAAAUUACAAUAUUUCAUUGAAAAUAAAUUACUAAAUAUA